CCCCCUCUCCCCCCAGGCAGAACCCAUGUCGGGGGCGGGAGCGAAACGGGGGGCCGGUGAUGGGGGGGGCGGCCCCCCCGAGAAGAAACCCCCCCGUGAGGAACAGCCCCCCACUACCCUCAUCGAACCUCUGCGUCUCGGCGGCAUCUCCUCCACGGAGGAGAUGGACCUGAAGGUGCUGCAGUUCAAGAACAAGAAGCUGGCCGAGCGGCUGGAGCAGCGGCAGGCCUGCGAGGACGAGCUCCGCGAGCGCAUCGAGAAGCUGGAGAAGCGGCAGGCCACCGACGACGCCACUCUCCUGCUGGUUAACCGCUUCUGGGGGCAGCUGGACGCGGAGGUGCAGGCGCUGCUGCGGCGCUACGAGGGGGAGGGGGGGGCACCCCCUGCCCCCCCCGGGGAUCCCCCCGAACCCCGACCUGAGGGGCCCGAACCCCCCCCAGCCCCUCCCGGUGAGACCGAGGGUGCCGACAGGAGGGAGCCGUGGGGGGGUCCCGGCGCUCCCCCACCCCCCCCUCCACCCGCCGCCCCCCCGCCCCCCCCGGGAGGAGUUGGGGGGCGUUUGGGGGGUCCGGCGGCGGCUUUCGUGGCGGCGCUGAGCCGCAGCGGCCCCGAGGAGGGGGAACUGCGCCUGCGCCCGCGUCUGGCCUUCGCCCCCGCCGCCGUCGCCCGCCUGGUGGAGGGGUUGGCGGGGGCCCACCGCCGCGCCCAGGAGAUGGGUGCCCGUCUGGCCGCCCGCCGUGAGUCCCUGCCGGAGCUGGCGGAGACGGGACGGGCGCUGCUGCGGGAGCUGUUGCGGGAGCACCGGCGCCUGCAGGACCUCACCCUGCAGCUGCAGGAGAAGCACCACCGCGUCUCCCUGGAGCUGGCGGAGCUGCAGGACAAGGCCACCUCUGCGGAGACGAAGGUGCUGGAGAUGGGGACGACGGUGGAGGGGCUGCAGUGGGACAGCGCCAAACUGCGCAAGCGCGAGGGACGCCUCGACCGCCACCUCGCCGAGGCCCUCGAGCAGCUGACCUCGGGCUCCUACGGCUCCGGCAGCUCCGGGGGAUUCCAGGGGGGACAGAUCACCCUCAGUAUGCAGAAGUUUGAGAUGCUGAACGCGGAGCUGGAGGGGAACCAGGAACUGGCCAACAGCCGGAUGGCGGAGCUGGAGAAGCUGCAGCAGGAGCUCCAGCAAGCCGUGCGCAGCCACGAGCGCCUCAAGGUGGCCCUGCGCUCGCUGCCGGAGGAGGCGGUGAAGGAGACGCUGGAGUACAAAGUGCUGCAGUCGCAGUUCUCCCUCCUCUACCACGAGAGCCUCCAGGUGAAGACGCAGCUGGAUGAGGCUCGCGCCCUCCUCCUGGCCACCAAGAACAGCCACCUGCGCCACAUCGAGCACAUGGAGAGUGACGAGCUGGGGGUGCAGAAGCGGCUGCGGACGGAGGUGAUCCAGCUGGAGGACACGCUGGCGCAGGUGCGGAAGGAGUACGAGAUGCUGCGCAUCGAGUUCGAGCAGAACCUGGCGGCCAACGAACAGGCGGGGCCCAUCAACCGGGAGAUGCGGCACCUGAUCAGCAGCCUGCAGAACCACAACCACCAGCUGAAGGGCGACGUCCAGCGCUACAAGCGGAAGCUGCGGGAGGUGCAGGCCGAGAUCAACAAGCUCCGCCUCCAAGCCAGCGGCGCCCCGCCCCCUCAAGGCAGCGCUCCGCCCCCUCCGCCCCCACCCACCGCCGCUGCCCCGCCCCCAGAGGAGACCACGCCUACCGGGGGAGCCCCGGCUUCCCGGGGGGUUCCGGAUCGGGAACGGGAACGGCUGCGGGAGCGGGAGCGCCCCAAAGGUCCCCCGGAGGAAGGCAAGAAGAAGGAUUCGGAGGUCCUCAAGCAGCUGCGGGGGGAGCUCAAGUGA